AGUAAAAGCAGGCCGAGAGCCGAGCAACGCCAGGCCACGAACCACACCAUGGCUAUCGCGAGGGGGGCAAGUGCGCGCGCGUUUGCGACGCUCGCCGACAUGCUCCCGCGGGCAGCGGCGCCCGCGCCGGCGUGCUCGCUCUGCCGGGCGGCAUCAUCAUCACGCGGCAUCUCGUCGUCGGCCGCAAGGCGGCAGCACGCAGCCCAAGCCACACCACCACCACCACGGCCACGGAUACCCACCGAGGCCGAUAUCGGGGCCAAGAUGCGCUCCGUGCUGCGCAACGUCGCGCAGCCCGUGGUCGUCGCCGUCGCGCGCACCGAUAGCCCCGGCCCCGGCUCCAGCACCUCCAGCAGCAGCGCAUACCACGGCGCGACGCUCACGUCGUUUGCGAGCCUGACGCUCGAGCCGCACCCCCUCGUGGCGUUCUCGCUGCGGCUGCCCUCGCGCAUGGCCGACCUGCUCCGGCUGCCAGAGGGUUCGGCGCCGCGCACCGUCGCCGUGUCGCUGCUGUCGCACGGGAACCACGGCGUCGCCGACGCGCUCGCCAAGCCCGGCGCGGAGCAGGGGCCGAUCUUUGCCCGGCCGGACUGGGACAACGCCGACCCGCCAGCGCUCAAGAGCGCCGUUGGCAGCCUGACGUGCGAGGUCGUUCGGAGUCUGCCGUUGCGCGACGUGGGCGGGCCAACCGACCCGUCAGAUCCGCACGGGAGCGAGCUGUUCAUCUGCCGCGUGCUCGACGCCACUGAUGGCGCUGGCACCGACUCGCUCGUGCACUACCGGAGGGAGUAUCACGCCGUUGCGGGUAAGAUGGGGGAGAGAUAGGGCAAUAGCAUAGCAUUGGUUGGUUGAUGUACAC